AUGGUCGGCAAACUUGACCCAGUCAAGGGGAAGCGCGAUGACUAUGACAUCGCAACGGAGGAGCAUGUUGGCAUGAACAUGACCGUGGAACCCUAUGGCCCGUCAGGCUUCCGUGGCCUCUUCUCUUCUCCCUAUGUUGCCAUGUGCGCUGCCUUCUCUGCCAUCGGUGGCCUCUUAUUCGGCUAUGACCAGGGGGUAAUCAGCGUCACGCUUGUCAUGGAGCAUUUCCUUGAUCGGUUCCCCGAAGUCGGAAACGACGCACCAGGCGCAGGUUUUAAGAAAGGCCUUAUGACGGCCAUGAUCACAUUAGGUGCCUUCAUCGGCGCUAUCAACCAGGGAUGGAUCGCCGACUGGAUAUCUCGCAAGCGAUCUCUUAUGGUUGCUGUUGUUGUCUUUGUAAUCGGUUCGGCCAUUCAGACCGGUGCUAUUGAUUAUACUAUGCUUGUCAUCGGUCGGUUCAUUGGCGGCAUAGGCAUUGGACAGCUCUCCAUGGUCGUUCCACUAUACAUCUCUGAAAUUUCGCCCCCAGAGAUUCGAGGUUCUCUCCUUGUCUUCGAGGAGCUAUCGAUUGUUAUCGGAAUUGUUGUCGCAUUUUGGAUCACUUAUGGAACCAAAGAUAUGACCAGUCAUUGGUCGUGGCAGCUUCCAUUCCUUCUGCAAAUCCUCCCUGGCCUUCUUCUUGGAUUCGGCGCAAUCUUCCUCCCUUAUUCGCCACGCUGGCUGGCAUCCAAAGACCGAGAAGACGAAGCCUUAGACAGCCUUGCCAAACUACGAGCCCUCCCCAAAACCGACCCCCGAGUCCAGCGUGAAUGGAUGGAUAUCAUCGCUGAGGCACGAUUCCAGGCUGGCAUUCUCCGAGAGAGGCACCCUCGGCUCACUCAGCGCACCGAUUAUGCUAGUAAGAUUCGACUGGAGCUUGUUAGCUGGGCAGACUGCCUUAAACCUGGAUGCUGGCGCCGUACGCUUGUUGGUGCGGGUAUUAUGUUCUUCCAACAAUUUUCUGGAAUUAACGCCCUGAUUUAUUACUCUCCUACGCUCUUUGGCACCAUGGGCCUCGACUCUGAGAUGCAGCUUAUUAUGUCAGGUGUCCUCAAUGUCACACAGCUGGUUGGUGUCUUCUCGAGCUUGUGGACACUUGAUCGAUUUGGCCGUCGAACUAUCCUACUUACUGGCAGCUUCCUGAUGUUUGUUCCGCAUCUUAUUAUUGCUGUCUUGGUGGGCAAGUUUUCACAUGACUGGCCAAACUAUACUGCUGAGGGCUGGACAAGUGUCACGUUCCUGCUCUUCUAUAUGCUUGCCUUUGGUGCCUCGUGGGGACCCGUCCCUUGGGCCAUGCCAGCCGAGGUCUUCCCAUCAAGUCUCCGUGCCAAGGGUGUGGCCAUUUCGACAUGUUCAAACUGGAUCAAUAACUUCAUUAUCGGCCUUAUCACACCUCCGCUCGUUCAAAAGACCGGCUUUGGUGCUUAUAUUUUCUUCGCUGUGUUCUGUCUAUUGUCUCUGGUUUGGGUUUGGUUCUGUGUGCCGGAGACCAAUGGUAAGACUUUGGAAGAGAUGGAUGAGGUUUUCAACGAUAGAAGCGGUGUGGAAGAUAUCACAAAGAAGGAGCGUACUCUUCGCGAGGUGUAUGACGAGAAGGUAGCUCAAGACGCAGCUUGA